AAAAAACACCCUAAAUAUGUUUAGAACUACAAAUUAACUUAUGUCGAUUCUUGUUUUUUUUUAUGUCACAAUUCCAACCCUCCUUUAUCCGGGCUUGGGACCGGCAAAAGAGACACUAUGGCGGAGAUACUUCGUUUAUUUUUUUUAUUUUUUUCUUAUUUUUUUUUUAGUUUUUUUUACAUUUACAUCCCGCCCUGAAUGUAAGACAGGGUGGGGAUCAGCCAGCUGCGGCUUCCCGCAUGGGCAAUUCAUUUGCAGUCUGGACUCGGAGGGGUGAACAUCUCCUGCUCUGACUGCAGCUGGGAGGGACUGCUGCGUGAGGACUGGGGCCUGUGAGUGCUUUGGGGUGGGGCCCACGGCAGCACCUGCUGCUUGUUGAGAAGAGUAAGAACAAUACGUGCUUUCAAGUCAGUGUCUCUAAUAACACCAGAAAAAGUCGCUAGAUUUGUCGCUAGUCACUUUUUUGAAAAUGUGUCGCUAGAGGGGUCUGAAUACUCGCUAAAUAUAGCGACAAAGUCGCUAAGUUGGCAACAGUGGUCAUUUUUUCGCGCUCUAUAAAGAUCUUUCAAGUGGGGUGGGUCAAACUUUAAAGUAAAAGAGGACCGACAUGCUUCAAAUCUAUUGCUCCUAGAUGAGCACUUCAAGGCUGUGUUGUGUUGCUUUUAUGGUAAUUUGGCAAAAAGUUUAAAAGGAAACUUAGGAAAAUUCAGUCAAAUACUGAAUUUGAAAGUUGAGCCACUCAAACUCCAGGGACAUUUAAAAAUGUCUUGAAUCAUUCCCACCUCAUUGAAGUUCUCUUCCAUAUGGCAAUAUCUCAAAAUAAUUUUGAGUAUUUGAAAACAAAACCCAUCUGUGAAAUUUCAUGGAUGCUAGAUCUGACCUUCGUCAUGGUAUAGGCAUGUAUGUGUUAUGCGUACCGUAUGUAUACCUGUCUGGCAUAGCAGUGAAUGCCAGUAGUAUCACGGUCACAUGGGUCUGGAUUUACAGCCUAGCAACCUAUGCAUGAACUCACAACUGUUCCUUGAGGAGCCUACACAUUCACACACCAGACCAUAUGAUCAUAUGGACAUAUCAUUGAGAUGGUCUAAAAAUAACUGUUCACCCUCAACUGCCCCCCCCCCCUUAUCUAGGUUUCUUAGUUGGGAUUGAGAGGGGACCAAGAAGAUAAAGAGCUGGUCCUUCCUUUGGGUGGCAUGGUGGUCUGGUGACUGUCUGGGGUGUCCCCUGGUGACUGGGGUUACACCCUACCCCCUGUCGUGAAUGGCUGCAUGUAGAGGGGCCCUCGCCAUGUGGGCGGGGUGUGUGAGGAGCCAUGGCAACAGGCUACCAGUCAAGCAACAGUGCUGGAGUCUUGCACAGGCGCUGGAUGUGCAGUGGAGUGGACAGAUUCGGCCUCUCAGCAGCACGUCAUGGGCCCUGGUUCCCCCCAACAGUCUGAGGUACCAGAACAUCAAGCAGCCGUCCCUGUCACACCCCUUCCACCAUGCCAGCCACAUCCAGAGGGCCCCGGGCCUGGACGAGGACUGGGAAGAGACUGUCAGCCUGUGUGUGCUGGUGCGGACUGUCCCUGGGGAGUGUGAUGACCAGCACACCCUGGUGGAGGUGCCUCUGUUUGGGCAGACUAAACUAAGUGAGAUCCUGGCUCCGAGAGGAGUCGGUAGGCCCGUGGAGUUCCUCUUCCCCAUGACCACUGUGGAUGGGAGCCGAGAGGACGACAUCAGUGUUGGGAAGAUGAAUGAGGGAGAAUGGCUGCAUGAUGAUGCAGAAAAGAGGGAGAGAGGAUCGUUCCGAAGCCUGUUUGAGAUGGAAGGAUGUCCUGCUCCAUUUAUGUAUGGAUCCAGGUUUUACUGCUUCCACUGUCCUGGAAUGGAGCCGUUGCCUGGUUACGGGGACAAAUCGGGCAAUAUGAUUGGACUAGAGAAAGAGUUGUCGCUGUUCCACACCUCUCUGUAUAGUAGCUACACGGAGAGAGAGACAGUGGAGGGGGCACACAGCGACAAAGAGAGGGAGGAUGAGGAGAAACUGGCCUUGAUGUAUGAAAAGCUGAGGAUUGAGCUUCCUAGUUUUUUUGUGAAGAGUCAUGACUACACCAUGUACACAAAUGAUAUCGAGUUCGUCAACUGUAUUCUAAAUACCAAGACCAGGGGCAGAGUUCUGUACCAGCUGAGCCUGUCUCUGUGGAGGCUGCUGUGUCUCUGUUACUAUGCUGAGGCCCGGUUAGAGGUAUUGAAACUGACUAAGCACCCAGAGGACAGGACCAUCAAGGCCAGGUGGAGGGUCAGAGGACUGCCCUUCCUCUCUCUUCUGCUGAGAUUCUACCGCAAGGACAAAACUGACCUCUACAGGUCAUAUGAUGCGUUCUCCACCUUCUACCUUGGCCAUGAUGGACUCAUACACUGUCACAAAGUGGAAAAAAUGAUGAAGGCCCAGCCGCCCAUCCUGCCCAGGGUGACCACUCUGUUAGCGGGGGCCCUUGUGGCCCUGGGGGUCCAGGAGCGCCGGCCAGCCCUCAACCUCCUGCCCCCCCUGCUCUCCUCCCUCCGACAGAGCCGAGACGGAGAGAAAGGAGGGUCUAGAGGAAGGAGCAUGUGUGUACCAUGAGAGGAGUAACACGCACAGAGAGGGAAACAUGCAAUCAAUGUUGUCCAGGUUAUCCCUGAUCACCCGUACACCCGUACAAUCUCCCCCUAUUGUACGCCUCCUCUGGAAAAAUAACUAAAUUAAAAUAAACCUUUCCAAACCCAUUCUCUCUUUGGACUCCCACAGCAUUAGAAAGCCGCUAAUAUUUUAGUUCAUAUGCAAUCCAGAACUUCAGUUUAUCCAAUAAGUUGAGUUGGUACCUUGAUCAGUACCUUGUUAACGCACAAACAAAUGAUCGCACAGCACUGAGUGACUGCUUGUGGGAUGUUGAACCUCUCUUUGGGCCUAUACGCUCACCAUGCACAUACUUUUCUGAGCAGCAGGCUAUCUGCUAAAUGGCGUAUAUUAUUGGACAAACCUAUUUUCAUUACAUGACGACACUGUUAAAUGCUGAAAAUUUUAAAGAAAUGCAAGAUUAUAUUGGAAUCAGUCAUUUUGUGUUUCAUGUGUCCUCAGCCUGUGGGGCAUUCAAGUGUGCCUGGGAACUGGGCACACAUUUGUCACUGGUUUCUGUUGAAUACAGUUGUCACUGGUGAAUGCAUUCUUGAUGUAACAGUUUGUACACAGCCCAAGAAACCCUUUAUUGAGGCCAGGGGGUCUUAAUAUGGAGAGGUUAGACCCCAUUCCAUAUAGCCAGUUGAAGUUGUCUUAUCUAUGGCCUGCCAUGACUCAAUGUGGGCCUUGUUCUAACAGACCCUCUGAUCUCUAUGUGCCAGUGGAAAGUCACCGAGAUAGCAUCCAUGUGGCAUAAAGCAACCUAAUACUAAUGUAUGAUGUUGUCGGUCUCUGUCCCUGUACAAACUUAUUUUGAAGUGUACAUGUCAAUCUCAUAAAACUCUUAUUUUGAAGAGCC